UGGUGGUGCCUCCAUCUGCCGAAGCUGUUCUCUACAUGCGUGGCCUUCUCGCUGGUGGCCAGCAUGGGCACUUGGAGGGGGGCCGUAGGAAACUGGUGCAUGUCCAUCUGGUGCUUCUGCUUUGCCAUGACCCUCAUCAUAGUCAUAGUCGAGUUUUAUGACUUUGAGCCCUGCUUUCCUUUCUACUGGUACAACUUCCCCGUCACCUAUUCCUGCUACGCCGCCCUCCUCUGUCUCUCGGCCUCCAUCAUUUACUCCAUCACCUUCGUCCAGUUCCUCCCUGAUGGUCCUUACAGGGACCGGGCCAUAGCCGCCACUGCAUUCUCCUGCAUCGCCUCUGUGCUUUAUGCCAUAGAAGUGGCCUGCAUGUGGAACUGCUACCUCCUGGAUGCUAUCACCUGCUACAUGCACACUGUGCCUGGCCUGCUGAAGGUGCUGGAGACCUUCGUGGCUGGUGUCAUCUUCGCCUUCCUCAGCAACACCUCCCUGUACCUGCACCAGCCGGCCCUGGGGUGGUGCGUGGCCGUGUACUCCAUCUGCUUCAUCCCGGCAGCCGUGAUCCUCCUGCUGACCCUGGGUGAAUGGGAAUACAGGCUGCCCGUCCCCUUCCCCAUUUUGCAGGUUGGGCUCACCCUGCUCUCCAUCCUCCUCUACCUCAGUGCUCUGGUCCUCUGGCCGCUCUACCAGUUCAACGAGGAGUUGGGUGGGCAGCCUCAGCGGUCCAGUGAUGUGGACUGCGUUGAUGAGCUUACCUACAACAUGUGCACCUGGGACCAACGACUGGCUGUGACCAUCUUGACAGCCAUCAACCUGCUGCUUUACACGGCCGACCUGGUGUACUGGGCCCGCCAGGUUUCUGCAGGGACUGAGGAUGUGCCCAGUGUACCUGAUCCUCUCUGCUCACCGGAGGUAUCUUUACAGAGCUCUGACAUCCUCUGA